CAACUGCAGCAUCAUGUCAGAGCUUCAGUCUCAGGCAAUGGCCCGUCGGGGCCACAGGUUGCCCUUUCCCUCUGGGUAUGGCUUGUUUCUCUUCUUGGGGCAGUUCACUGCAGCGGAAACUGGCUUCCAGCUGCUUUGGCCCGAUGAGCAGCUUGUCGACUGAGUUGAAACUGUAUGGCCUAACCCACUACUCACACCAAGCCCUAUACCUAUAUUGUUCUUACGAUGUUCUCCAAAGAAGACCGCACCCUCGAUCUUCCUGCUCAAGGUCAGCAUGGCUACUUCAAUACUGAUCACCAAAAUCCGCCGUGGGGUACCGUGCCAGAGGUACCGUUCGAUCGGAAUACGGAGGAUAUUCGGGCCUCUGACCCAUACCGAUUGGUCAAAAGCACGACGCGGAGUAUUAGUGAAGCCUCACGGAGGGCGGUCUUGCCCUCGAAGUCUUUACUCGGUAGAAGCGGAGACAGCAUAGCGCGGGACACCGAUAGCGACGGGAAAAGUCCAUUCGGGAAAGACCACUGGGAGAAACAGAUACAGCGCAUGGAUAGUACACAUAUUGCCAAAGCUUACAGAGCUAGGAGCGAUUGUCUCAAACAGCAGAAACUGGUCGCUACAGAAAGGCUCAAGGUGCACACGUUACGCGCAUCCAUGAGGGAGCAGAGGGAAGAAGAGGCGAAUUUAAGAGAUUCGAUUGGGAGACAUCUCAGUAGUAUCGCCUGCUGCACGUGCAAGGCUAGUGCACAGCUCAUUGAAAAGGAUUAUGAAGCACUCCGAUCAAUGGUGCGGUCUUAUUUGGAUUUGGAAUACGUCCACGACCAAGCCGAAGAUGAAUUGGAGGAACAAGAACAGGAGCUCUCUCGCUCAGCGGCAAGGCUAAUCUAUAUUUCUUACCUGGGAGUCAAUACGGACACUGUCGAGGGCAGCAAGUCUAAGGGACCGGUUCGGAAAUCCAAAGCCGAUCUUCAAGGCCCAAAUCCCAGUCCGACUUCACCGGCUAAAUUUGAAUCCAGUAGCACCCUAUUCUCGCCGCAGUCUCAUACAUCCAAGUCGCAACUGCAGGGUCCGGGUAUUCUCGGAGAAGACAAAUACCACGAUCCCGUGACUCAGAUCGGGGAGGGAGUAACAACUGCGGGUCCCAGUGAUUUGCUACCAGGCUUGGAUGAGGCAGCGAUAAAGUCAUGCGGCGACCUGCCCAGCCUUGACCAAAUACUCGAAGAUGUUCUAGGCCCCUCCAGUGAUACAGCUCAAUACUCAGGCAGGCUUCGUCGAGCUGAAUAUGUUUGUGGCAAGAAUCCGUUCAAGCUGGCACCCGGUGAGAGGUUUUCCCCGUUCGACCCAGGUGAUUCCGUUGAGUCGCCAUCGCAGCGGCGGGGUAGGUUCAUCAACAACUGGAUCCUUCAUCAGCUUCGCAGCUCAUCGCUGGAAAGUUCACGCUUGCGGUCGCGUCCUGAAUGGCAAUCGAUGCGUGAGCAAGGCUUCGAUGAUACCGACAUCAGCCGCCUGGCGCUUGAACGUUGGCAUUCAGAUGAUACAGGCACGGUGGCAUCUGGCGAGCGGACAAUCAUCCCUUCUCUAAGGUCAAAGGGGUGCAAAACUGCCAUUUGGCGCGGGAUUGGUGGACCGUCAUACCGUCGAAAGAGAACCAGGUCUGUUGCCUUUGCUCCUGUGCCGCCUCUUCGCCGAAUGUCGCGCCACGACACGGCCUGGGAUGAGGUUUAUCCAGAGGGCCAAAGUAGUCAGGACUUCAGAAGACCGUUUUGAGUGGUAUGAUUGUUGGUAUAUCACAACCUUCGUUUAGUGUGGAUGUCGGAUAGGCUCAAGAUUGAUGCAUAGUUCACGGCGUAUUGUUAACUGGGUAUUACUUGGCAUACUGCCUGCAGGUUGGAUAACUCAACAGAUUGAUAUCAUCAUUAAAUGAUACUAGUUACAAU